AUGGGCCACAGUCAAUCCUCCGUGAGCAACAGCAUGCUGGAGGCAAUUUUCGGAAGCAGCCCAAACUACGUCUACACGUACCAGGCGACCCAAGUGUCACAGAAUGGCAAUCUGGAGGCCCAAUUCCUCAAGGACAUGACCGCCCAGGACUACACAAUCUCGGCUUUCCCACUCAUGCACGCAAAGAACGCGCCUCUCAAUCUCCAGCAAACCAGUUCGGUCCUGCUGGACAGUGUUGUUAUCGUCGGAAUGGCCUUUCCAACGGAUUACAGGCCCUUCGAACUCUUUGCACCGUUCGAUGGCUACGUCUGGUUACUCAUCCUCAUCAGCCUCAUCGUCAUAGCUGCAAUUUUCCUGGUAAUUCAGGAGGUUUCUGAGCGUCAACGACGUAACUUAGGCGUGGAAGGUACCGUUGAGGAGACUUCUCACUUUUCACAAAUAAGGGACGCAAUCUUCCGAAAUUUCUCUGCUAUCCUACUCGCGAAGCUUAACUUGCGGCCAAAGAUGCCCUCCAUCCGAGUUCUAUAUCAAUUCUAUUGGUUCAACGCGCUAAUCAUGGUCGUCACCUUCGCUGCCAUGCUGGCUGCACGGAGGUUGAUUAUGCCCACUACCGGCGUCUUCUUUAACUCACUUACGGACCUUCUGGAUAACAAAGCAGGCGUUCGGUGGUUCUUCCUCCAGAACAGCUCGGUCCAUGCCUUAGCGAGGCUGAGUCCAGUUGAAAACCUUUUCGACAUGAACUUCUACAUGUAUGGGCCCUCCAACUUCAUAAAUUUCGUGCAACAACGGAUUGAUGCGCUCAAUUCCGAGGGAUUUUUCGGACGCAUCAAUAAUCAGCUGACAGCUCCUGGACAGUGUCCACAGGAGGAUGAGCGGUCAGAACUGCGAGCCACUCCCUUUACUCUCAGCGAUAUGUCCGGCCUGUUCUUUGUCCUGCUUGCGGGGCUUUUGCUAGCCAUUUUGGUGGAAUUAAUCGGAAUGGUUCGAGAGAAGUGCACACUCUAUCGUCAGCGUGCAGAGAACAAAUUGGAAUUCGGAGAGGAGUACAAGGCUGAGGUUGUAAAUGUGGCGGUAGUUCUCAGUCAAAACUUGACAGGCAACUAA